CUGUCUUAGUGAAAUUAAUCUUGAAGUUGCUACGUAUUUGGUAGUGGAAAACAAUGCAAUAUCACAUAAACAAGUAUUUGUAGUUGGAGUGUUACAAGAACUUCGGUAAAACUGUGGUGUUAUUUAUUUGACGCUGAUCUGGUAGUCGUUUGUCUCUAGCAUCCCGCGCGACGCCAUCAAGAUGGCCGCCGUGUGCAUUGAUUGGGUAGUCUUCCCGCAUUUAUUCACAGCGUCCAUCAGCUUGAGUGGCUACGAGCUAUGUGCACUUGUAAUCAAAGUGCAGUGCGUGGUAUCUUCAUAAGGAUGAUAUUUGGAUGCGUCUUGUCAUCCAUUUUCUCGUAAUGUGAAGUACUGACUGACAUUUUGUCGCCGGAGUGGGUAUUUUUGUCAGUGGAAACUGUGCAUCUUUCGUUUCCGAUGAAUCUGUACAGUUGUAACACAGCAAAGUGACGAAAAUACAGGAGCAGCGGAGAAUUUCACAGGGUGCCGCACAUUUGAGGGUGCGGCAUGUGAAUUUAUCUUCUCUCUCCUGUGCCAGAACAGAGCCGGUACACCAUGAACAAAAAGUUGUUCGCAGCCAUGAUGCGGCGGCGGGUGUCGUGCCCGCAGGUGACACAGCAGCUGUGGGACGCCAUCGCCACGAUCCGCGCCCAGCGCCAGGUGCCCAACAUGGACCGCAUUUCGCGGUACAUGUCGCGCGUGCACCAGAUCAACGAAGACGAGGUGCGCAGGCAGCUGAAUCACUGCGUGCGCGACAACCUGAUCCGCAUGAUCAAGCGCAUCGGCUGCAAGGGGUCGAAGAUUGGGAUUGAGCAGGAGGGCUAUGCUCUUCCGAAGGAAGGGGUGAAGGACGACGGGCACGACUGGUACUGCUUCUCGUGCCACCGUGGCGGCGACGUCAUCUGCUGCACGUCGUGCCACCGCGUCUACCACCUGGCGUGCCUGGCCCGCGGCGAGCUGCCGGACGAGGACGUCAAGAACACCUUCGUCUGCUCCGUCUGCAAGGACAUGGGGGUGGAGCGAGACGACAAGAACCGCAUGAAGCGGAGCCAGCUUAACCACCUCCUGAGCUUCACCUGCAGCCGGUUACGUGAGCGGCUCCCGGCGAACCUCUGCGACCGCACCGCAGCGCCGCCUCCGCGGAACCCGUACGCGAUCCCCGAGCGCACGUCGGCAGUCGUGCACCACCACCCCGCGGGGUCGCUGCCGGUGGCGCGGACGGACGUGCAGGGGCAGUCGGAGAGGUGGCGUGCCGCUUUCCUCAUUUACCGGCCCACGGACCUCAAGACGAUGGAGCACAAGGCCAGCGAGGGCAAGUACCGCCUGCUCGAGGAGUUUCGCGCCGACGCCAUGACCAUCGUGCACAACGUCGUCAUCUACCACGGCGUGCACAGCAGCCUGGCGGACAUGGCUCGGCAGAUGCUGCGGGACUGCGUCUACGACCUGACGGAGAUCCGGCAGUGCCGCGACUGCUACCGGGUCUCCAACGAGAAGAAAGACAAGCACUGGUUCUGCGAGCCCUGCCGCCCGCCCCACCAGCUCGUCUACGCCAAGCAGAAGGGCUUUCCGUACUGGCCGGCUAAGGUGAUAAAGGUGGAGGGAGACCAGUACGACGUGCGCUUCUUCGGCGGGCAGCACCAGCGCGCGCACAUCGAGAAGGUCCACAUCCGGCCCAUCUCCGUCAACAUACACACCUUGCAGGUGAAGCGCACGUCGUCGUGGAACAAGGCGUGCGAGGAGCUGCGCCGCCACCAGGAGCUGCUGAAGAAGCUGGAGAGCAAGGGGCGGCAGGCGUCGUCGAGUGAGGACGAGGACGACGACGAAGACGAGGACGAGGAGUCGAGCGAGGAGGAUGACGAUUCCGAGACAAAAUCCCCACCGCCGAAGAAACGCGGUCGGGGCCGCCCCCCGAAGAACCCCGCGGCGGUAGCGGUGGCCGAGGCGAAGAAACUGCAGCGGGCACCUAGGAAGGUGGGGCGGCCGAGGAAGGUGGUGAAGGAGGAGGAAGUGAAAGAGGAGAGCGACGACGACGAAGACGAGGAAGAGGAGGAGCAGGAGGAGGAGGAAGACGAUGACGACGAUGACGAGGACGAAUCGGAAGAGGAGGAGGUGGUGCCUGCCAAGCGACAGUCUGCCCCGGCAGCCGGCACCCGCAGGAAGACGACCACGGCUCUUGCCGCAGCAGCAGAUAAGGCGGACAAGCGCGUGUCGGCUCCCGCGCGUGUCCCCGUGGCGGUUUCCGAAGACGAGGAACACCCGGCCGCCGCCGCCACGGUCCCCGCGUCGGCCACGCCCGCGCUCUCGGAGGGCGGCGACAGCUCCAUAUCCUCCACCAGCAAGGUCAAGGCAGAGGUCAAGGUGCGCGAGGAGGAGGAGAUGGUGUCCUCGUCGUGCCAGGAGCCGCUGAGCACCGAGACGGUGGCCGUGCAGACGCCGCCGCGGCUGGUGCGUGACAUGCAGCAGCGCGUGCUCAAGGAGCUGGAGAAGACGCACGCAGACGCCCUCGCCAAGGUGAGGGCGGAGCUGGAACUGGAGCGACAGCGCGCCGUGCGGCAGCUGGAGGAGAAGCACGCCGAGGAGCUGCGCGCGCUGGAGGCGCGCCACAAGCAGCAGGUGUCCGAGGUGAAGCGCAAGCAGUGGUGCUACAAUUGCGAGAGCGAGGCCAUCUACCACUGCUGCUGGAACACGGCGUACUGCAGCAUCGACUGUCAGCAGCUGCACUGGCAGAAGGAGCACAAGCGCUUCUGCCGCCGCAAGCGCUAG